AAAGAUCAAUUUUCAUUUAUAGAAGGUUGAAAUUAAUAGGGUUUUUUUGGAGGGGACAAAAAUACCAUCUUGUAUUAAGAUGUGACAAAAUCAAGUAUUCUUAUUUAUUUUUACGACGUAUCUUAGGACUAUAUCUGGGUGCUAUACGUAGUUUUAAAGAUGUACACGUGAGAUACGCGCGAAGGACGAGUAUACUGUGUCUUUUCUUUUUUAUUGCGUUUCUAAAGAUUAGUGAUUUUCAUCGUUUUUUUACGGGCAUGAAGUAUUUCACAGGUUUUAAGCGAGUUGUAUUUGUGAAGUUAGGCAAACAAAAUGGGGCCAUUUUUAUUUGGGUUAUACUUGGCGUUGGAAUUUUAAUUUUUAAUGUAAAUACUGACUAUUCUUAAUAUAACUAUAUAAGAUAUUAUUAAAUAUCUGAGUGUUCUACGUAUUAUACGUAGCGGGCUUUAAAAAAACCCCAGAAUUACUUCCUGGAUCUAUUAAAAAAAAGGACAAAAGAGUUAUAUUUAUAUGCACGGACGCAUUAAAGAAUUUGUAUACAUGUAUAUUUUUUUCAGAGAAUUGGAAAUAUUGGAUUUUUAGAUUUUAAUCUUGUGGUAUUUUUAUUAAAUGAAAAUUGUAGGUUAGUUGAGAUGAAGUAAAUGACUUAUCGUAUAAAGAAUGUUAGAAAUAAUUAAAUGAUGCAAUGGCAUUCCUAAUAUUAAUAAAUGAAAAUAAGAGAAAUAAAAGAAAGAGUAACUAAGCUCGUGGAUUACGCCUAGGAUUAAAAUGGGACCGUUCUUGAAUCGAAUUAGAUGUUUGAAUCUUUUAUUAGCUGUUAUCUAUAGUGGGAUAAGUUGUUUGAAAGAAGAUUCACCCCACUGCGAUGCCACAACAAUGGUUGGAAGUGAAUUAAUUCGAACUAAAAUGAAUGUGCAUAAUGCAAAUGUCACCUCAUUUGAAGAGCCAUUUCAAGAUUAUAUGCCAUUGGAUAUAUGUCUCAGUAACGGAAGUUUGAGGAUACACUGGACAACAAAUGCUACAAAAGAACACGAAGCGAAGCUUUGUUACGAAGUUAAACAGUUGAGAAAUAUGGACACAGUGGCUAUAAAAUGUUACCAAAUACUGGUUCAACAAAGCUAUUAUAAAGCAGAAUUGUUUUGUUGGUUUGGAACAGAACAUCCGAAGAAAAGUCUCUACACACACGCAAUUGUAACACAUCAACUAAACAAACAGAAGAAUUAUUAUUAUAGCGAAUUUUACCUAUCAUCUACAGGUAAAAAAUUUGAUUUCAUUUGUAUCAUAUUUGCACAAUUGUCGGAUCCGAGCAACAAAAAAAAUUGUUGGUUUCUUCUUCUUAGUUAA